AUGGGGAAGUCCAGAAAACUAAAGAACCUAGUUAAGAACGUGCAGUUUUUCGUCAAAAAAUGUAGAGAGAAAAACAAGAAACUGCUCUCCCUGAGCAGUCUGGACGAAAAAGACGAAAUGCUCAACUCGGGAACCUUCACAGAUGAAAAAACAAAUGGUAGUAAAAGCUUCAAGGAAAAUUCUGCUGAAAAUAUUUCCAAAAUGUCAAGCGAAUCCAAGUACGACAUAUCACACGCAGAUUUCGCCACUACGUAUGGCAGCCAGUUGAGAAGAUCACAGACACAGGGGAAUUUGAGUACCUUGUCUGAUUAUUUCGACAGAAGAAGUGGUAAGAAAAUCGUUAAGUUGGGAAAAGAUGGAGGGAAGAGAGAGGUGGUCGGGGGAAGCAUGGACGAAAGUGCGUCAUUGAAUGAUGAAGAAGUGAGAACGGAAAAGAGUUACACUAGCAGCGUAGAAAUGAAGAAGAAAAAACAGUCCAAGGAUAGCAAAAUGGAGAAAAUGAAAAAUGAAAUCAUGGAAUGCGACUUGCACCUCCUCAGUAUAUACAAAAAGUUGGAAAAGGGGUCGAAAAGUGGGCGACUACUCAGGAGAAGUGGGGCAAAAAAGGGCGCUGGUAAGGGCAGCGGGAAGGGAAGUGGCACAUUGAACGUGAAGGCCCAUACGAUAAAGACGUACAACUCGGAGGUUAUGAGCAUAAAGAAGGAGCUUUCCCUGCGGAGGGGCACAACCCACGGGAAGGGGAAAACGAAGAAAGGUGGCAGGGGAAGGGGGGAUGAAGCAAAAGACAGAAAUGGCAGCGGAGGGGGCAAAGGAAAGGGGGAAUCCCCAAAGGAACACACAAGCAGAGGAGUGAAAAAGAAAGCACACGAAGGACGCAUCGAAAUUAAGCACAGCUUCUCAGGAGAUGCCCCCAGAUUCGAUUCCAAAAGUUCUUUCCUAACACGAGAAGAAACCUUUUCCAAAUAUCAUCAGAUAAGUUCUUCCAAAAACACAUUUGACAAUUUUUAUUUCUUUCAAGAAGGACUAGCCAAUAGAUUGAACAAGAAGCAGAGUACAUCCUCCUUCGACAUUGGCUGUAUGUACAUGAAUCAUGCUAUAAGCACAAGGAGCUCCAAAGAUUUGGGGCCAAAGAGGCCGAAGGAAGAAGUUGUUACUACCGCGGCUGCUAUGGGCGCUACGGCUGCUAUGGGUGCUAUGGCUUCUAUAGGUGCUAUGACUUCUAUAGGUGCUAUGGCUUCUAUAGGUGCUACGGGUGCUACGCCUGCUACUGCCAGUACUACCUUUCUGAGUAGCUCCAAAAGCUUCCGCCGUUUUAAGUUUUUAAGUGACAAUAAAAAGAAUAUCGAAUAUUAUAAAAAAAUGAUAGAGAGCUUAGAAGGGACGGUGGGAAAGUCGAAGAAGAGGAGCAACAAAAGCAGCAACAAAGGCAGCAACAAAAGCGGCAGCACUACCACAGCGAACGACAUCAGCUCUAUAGACAGUAUCAUUAAAAUUAUAAACUGCCUUCUUCAUGAUUAUGUCCCCAAGUUGAUCGACAGAUAUGAGUAUUAUAUGAAUACCCUAGAUGAUAGGAACAAAUUACUCAAGCAGAAAAUUAGAGAGUCUCUAGAUUUCGGGGAUAUUCAAUACGAAGAAAUAAGAGAGUUAAAAUCUCAGGUGAUGCAAAAGAAUCAGGAGAACAAGAAACUAAAUGACACUAUAGAAAUGUUGAAGGAUAAACUGUCGUAUGUUAACGAGCUUGAGUUAAAGAAUGCAGAGUAUUUGGACGAAAUUAUGCUCAUGAGAAAUAGGGUUACCUAUUUGGAGAGACUAAUUGAAGAAAAUGAUCAGUCCAAGGAGUCACAUGAACUAAGGAAGAUGAGGCAUAACUUGAGAAGGCUAUACAACAGAAUGAAGACUGAGAUGAGACACAUGAAGACGUUAAAAUCGAGAUCUUUUAAGAGGCACAAGAGGGGGAAAUUUUCCAUUAAGAGGUGGAUUCGUUUGGAGGAGAAGAUCAGAGAGCAGCAGGCGCGCAUGUUUAGCCUUGACCACCAAGGGGCUGCCACUUCGGGGCUGGCUGAUGAGGGGGACAGACGUACCACUUCGGGGUUUACUAAUGAGGGGGAGAGACGAGCCACUUCGGAGCUUAGCCAAUCGGCCGAGAGGCAGAAAAAAGAACCAAAGCAGUGGGCAGACAAAAGCGUAGACACGAGUGAUAUGCAUGGUGUGGAGAAACCAGUUGACGUCGUAAGCAGCGAUGCCCAAUGUGCGCAAACUGGAGAGGAGGGAGAAAAGGCUAAGAAGGGCAAAGUCCGAACGAAGAACAAAAAAAUCAACACCAUUGUAAGCAACCGCACGUUUCUGGAGCUACUGAGGAGGGAGGAGAGGAUGGCGGCGCUGGGGAGAAACGGCACAGUUGGGAGAGGUGAUUUAGUGAACCGAAGUGGUCGAAGUGGUCGAAGUGGUCGAAGCGGUCGAAGUGGUCGAAAUGGUCCAAGUGAUCGAAGUGAUCGAAGUGACCGAAUCAAUCGGAGUAGCCUACGCUUUGGGAGCGAGAGGUGCACGCGCAUCCCCAAGGAGAGCUACCCCUACUACCACUACUUCUACAGCAAUAUGCUGGCCCCGCCGGAGGGGAGACCUGUUGUCAGCAGAAGCCGCAUCUGGGCACCAACCCAAGUGGAAAAAGAACCCAAUGGUAUUUUCCCCCCCAAGGUGACUCUCUCGGAGGAAAAUUAUUUGUCCUUGUGCAGUCAGCUUAAGGAGUGUAUUUACCAGACCUAUUUCGAGGAGUGCGCCGCGGAGCCGUGCGAUGGAGGGCAGUCUUUGGAGAGAACACCCCGACGGUACGACGCUUCGCCUGACCGGGGAAAGCAAAACGGGGAAAAUAGGGGCGCACAGAAUGGAGAAAAUAGGGGCGCACAGAAUGGAGAAAGUAGGGGCGCACAGAAUGGAGAAAAUAGGGGCGCACAAAAUGGAGAAAAUAGGGGUACACAAAAUGGAGAAAGUAGGGGUACACAAAAUGGAGAAAGUAGGGGUACACCAAAUGACCAGCCUCUGGGUCGAAGCCAAAUGGUGAGAGUCCCCCAGUGGAAGAGUCUAUUCUGGAAGGAGACCCCCCCAAGCGAUGACACGUCCACCCACUCGAUUAGCAGAGGGAAGAACAAAUGUCACAAGCUACCAUUCGACUGUUGCAACAAUUUUAAUAGAAUUUUAACUGGCGAAAUGAAUUGUUCGCCUCUCCUAUGGGGGUGUAACGAGGCAGCAUAUAGCCAAGGCAGCAGCAGCGUGGCAAACAGGAAGCGAACUGGUCGAAAGAGGUCAACCAUAUCGAGCAACUCCUCCUGGGAGAGAAAAGACAAGCUUAAGAUGACACGUGUAGUCAGGAAGAAUCACCCAUUUUUACGUAAUGAUACGAUUCGAUCUAAAUGCAAGAAUAGGUAUUAUUACCACCGGGUUGGUAGAGCAACCAAUGGGGAGGGCUCAGAAGGGGAAACGAACCAAAUGCAUAGUUGCACCAGGGGAAAUGACCACCACAGAGAGGAGCAGCAGAAUGAACACACAUGCUUGGAAAUGCCUAAGGGUGGCGGUACAUACGAGUUGCACGUUCGACAGAAAUGGGACAAGGGAGGGGUUGACUUCGGGGGGAAGAUCCUCAUGCACGGUGAACCCUAUAGAAGUAUAUACGAUAAAGAGAGAGUGGAUAAUUUUAAAAAAUUUCUGACCAUUUAUAAUUCACAUUUUGAGGGAGACAAGAAGGGUAGCUUCAUUGGCAGUUUUUUAAAAGAACAGAGUGGUCCAACAUCUGAGAUGACUAUGUGGGACCAAGCUGUGCAGGCACAGGUGGGGGGGGAGGAAGGAGAGCACGCAUGCACAGGGGUCGACACGCUCACGGUUAACAGGGUUUCGAGUAGGGAUAGGGGAGAUAAUUCCAUUGAGUGCAUUAGUGGCGGAACGAACAAGGGGUAUAGCAGCGCCUACCAACUAUCGGCACUGCUGCAAUCGGCACUGCUGCAAUCGGCACUGCUGCAAUCGGCACUGCUGCAAUCGGCACUGCUGCUAUCAGCACAGGGAGUAGAGGAGGGCAUGGCAGCAACGACUUCGACACAAGUUGGGGUGCGCUUGACGUAA